AUGAGGCGCUUGGGGUCGGUGCAGCGGAAGAUGCCGUGUGCGUUCGUGACGGAAGUGCGAGAGGAGCCGUCCAGCAAACGGGAGCAGCAGCCCUUUAAAGUUUUGGCUACUGAAACUCUAAGCCACAAGGCAUUAGAGGCAGAUCUAUACAGUGCAGUGCCGACAGAAAAAGUGGAUGGAACAUGUUGCUAUGUUACUACCUACAAAGGUCAGCCAUACCUUUGGGCCCGACUAGAUAGAAAACCUAACAAACAAGCCGAGAAAAGAUUUAGGCACUUUCUCCACUCAAAACAAAACUCAAAAGACUUUUUUUGGAAUGUUGAGGAGGACUUCAAGCCUGUUCCAGAGUGCUGGAUACCAGCGAAGGAAGUAGAACAGUCAAAUGGCAACCCAGUACCUGAUGAAAAUGGACACAUUCCUGGUUGGGUGCCGGUGGAACCUAGCAGUAAACAAUACUGUUGGCAUUCCUCUGUUGUUGAUUAUGGACUUGGGCUUGCUCUAGUAUUGAAGCAUCAUCCAGAUGAACUUGGGCUUUUGGAAAUCAGUGCAGUUCCACUAUCAGAACUCUUGGAAAAAACACUGGAGCUUAUAGGAACAAAUAUUAAUGGAAACCCAUAUGGAUUAGGAAGCAAGAAAUAUCCAUUACAUCUUCUUACACCACAUGGAGCCUUUCAGAUAAGAAAUCUACCUGCCUUAAGGCACAGUGAUCUCUUGUCCUGGUUUGAAGGUUGCAAAGAGGGUAGAAUUGAAGGCAUAGUGUGGCACUGUAAGGAUGGCUGUUUAAUCAAGGUUCAUCGUCAUCAUCUUGGUCUAUCUUGGCCAAUUCCAGACCCUUUCAUGGUUUCCAAACCAGUUAUUAUCAGCAUGAACCUCAACAAAUAUGACAAUGGCGCUGAUACUAAGUGUUUAUUUACUUAUUUUUCAAAAAUAGACCAUCAAAAAUUUAGUAGGCUCAAAGAUCUGAUACUGGAAGUUUAAACUGGAAAUUAAGCUGAAAUCCAGUGUUCCUGUUGUUACAUUUGAAUGUGGAAUAUUCUGCCGUGUUUAAAAUGUAAAAUAAUUAGAGGUGACUA